UGAAAUGAUCCUGAAGUUAGCAGACAUUUAAAAAUUUUUGAAUUUUCGUUUUUCAAUAAAUCAAUUGCAAAAAAAUAAUAUAAAAAUAUGCACAUGUAGAAAAUUUAAAAAACUACAGUGAUUUCUUGCUUACCUACAUAUAUAUAUUAUAUAGGAUGUGUAUGUGUUCGUGUAUAUAAUGUACUAUUGUGUUGUGGAGAAAAAAUGAGUUUGUAAUGAAAGGAUUGUAAUCCUCUGUUCAUAAAAAAAUUUAAUUAUAAACAGUACAGUAAAAUAUUGACAUUUUAGAAAAGAGAUAUAAAUUGCACUGAAUAAUAAAACAAUAAAAUGGUUUUGACUAGACGAGCAACCCACGCCGGAAGUUGGUACACAGAUUCAGGGUAUGAUUUGAAUAAGCAGCUGGGAGAUUGGCUUAAUGCUGCUGAUUUAUCUCAUGGACCUGCUAGAGCUAUUAUUGCACCACACGCCGGGUACAGUUACUGUGGUGGGUGCGCAGGAUUCGCGUAUCGUCAAAUAAGUCCAGUAGUAGUACGCAGAAUAUUUAUACUCGGUCCUUCUCACCAUGUAAGACUUCCUGGGUGUGCUCUGUCAUCAGCUUCUAUCUAUCGCACUCCGUUGUACGACUUGACAAUCGAUCAAGAAGUCUGUCGUGAGCUAGAAGAAACCGGUCAAUUUGAAUGGAUGGACAUGAAUACUGAUGAAGAUGAACACAGUAUUGAAAUGCAAUUACCAUUUAUUGCUAAAGUUAUGGAGGAUUAUAAAAAUAAUUUUACAAUAAUUCCAAUACUAGUUGGAUCUUUAACUCCAGACAAAGAAUCUGUUUACGGUAAAUUAUUGGCGCCGUAUAUUGCAGAUCCAUUGAAUUUGUUUGUUAUAUCAUCAGACUUUUGUCAUUGGGGACAAAGAUUUAGAUACACUUAUUAUGACCGUUCAAGCGGUCCUAUUCAUAGAUCCAUUGAAAAUCUCGAUAAAAUGGGUAUGGAUAUUAUUGAAACAUUGAAUCCUAUUUCGUUCACUGAGUAUUUAAAAAAAUACGGCAAUACUAUUUGCGGAAGACAUCCGAUUGGUGUAUUGUUACAGGCAAUUCAAAGUUUCAAAGAAAAUUGCAGUGAUCAAAAAAUGAACUUAAAAUUUUUGAAGUACGCUCAAAGUAGCCAAUGCAAUAAUAUGACUGACAGCUCUGUCAGCUAUGCAAGUGCUUCACUGGUGCUCGAGUGACGUCAAACAAUUUUAUCUCUUAACAAAUAACAUAUAUCUAUGCUUAAGUGCAAUGUGACGUUAAAUAAUAAUAAUAAUAAUGAGUUGAGCGCAACUGAUUGUAACUUAACAAGUGAUUAAACGAUUUAAUUGAUAGUCACGGCUUUAAAAUUACUUUACUUUAAGUUACUGAUACUUAUACUGAUUAAUUGAAAUUUAAAUAUUUAAUAAAAUGACAACUUAUUUAUUUUAUUUUAUUUUUUUUUCCAAAGCAAUUACCAAGUAAUUAAAUUUUAAUAAUAAUAAUAAUGUUAAUAAAAAUACUUAAACGUUUGUAUCUAUUUUUCCAGUA